AUGGUCAACUGGCUCUAUCAGAUGAUCUUAAAACCAAGGUUUCUUCACGCGGUGGUUGUCUGGUGGUCUAGGACUCAACUGAUAACGGUUAAAGAGAAACUAGGCCAACUGCAAGCAAUGAUUUUCAGGGGUGUUACGGGGGCAAUGAGGACCACGCCAACAGCUGCGUUGGGAUUCAUGCUUGCCGAGGUACCUCUGCAUAUUGCCGCGGUGAAAAAGGCGGCUCUCACUAUGAGCAGGUUAACUGCGCAGGGAAGGUGGAAGGUUGGUGGUAUACACACCAAGCUUCCACGCUCAAUUCUAUCAAUACCAGAAUUAAAUCAUUACACCUUCCAGAAUGGACUGGAAGAAAGGUUUUCCACUUGGGGACGAAGUCUGGUAUACAGACGGCUCCAAGAUGGACUGCGGUGCAGGCAGGCAGAGGUCUGUGCGAUUUUAACUUGCGCCCAAAUAUCCAUUCGAAAUGGAACAAAGGGCAAGAGGAUUAGUAUUUGUGUGGAUAGUCAAGCGGCCUUAGGGGCUCUGAAAAAUCCCACAAUAGAAUCAAAACUCGUCUGGGAAUGCCGGAGCGUACUAGAUGAGUUGGGUUCAGCAAAUAGACUUUCAUUGAUUUGGGUACCGGGUCACUCGGGAAUCAAGGGUAAUGAAAGAGUAGACGUCUUGGCGAAAACCGGUUCCGAGACGAAAUUUAUAGGUCCUGAACCAGCAGUGGCAAUAAUGCCAUGCUUGGUUAAGGGAGCCAUAGAAAGAUGGGGUGAAAAGGAACAUGAGAAGUAUUGGGCGAACGUUGGGGUGGGAAGGCAAGCGAAAACUCUGUUGGGGUUAGCACUCAACAAGAGGAGAGCGAACUGGAGUCUGGUACAAUGGGUUCUAUAA